CCCACGGGCCACAUCUCUCGCUCUCGCUCAUUCGUUCUCCCAUUAUUUAAGACGCGCCUCUAAACACCCUCACAGCCGUCUACAUGAUCGAUCCUAAUUUGGCACGCAGUUCGGCAUUCAAAGUGACAAUCUCGUCUGCCUCAUCUUGCUUGCCGAGUAAAUUGCUUGUGAAGCAGUUGUGGCGCUGACAAGGAGCGCGUAUGUAAUGCGCUCGACAAGAGAGAAAGAGAGAGAGAGACAGACUAGAAGAAUAUAAUGAUACCACACUUAGAAAAAUGGUCGAGACACUUAUGGACAAAAGGGUACGACAAUUUCAAGACGCAUAAUACGAGCUCGGGGGCAAUGAGAGUGGCGUGAAGAUUAGGCCUGCGGCCGCCGGAGCAGUAGCAGCAGCCCCGCAAGGCAGUUCGGACAGCAUAAAACGGCGUAAAACGGUAACGCGCGUAAAAGUGCAGCCGGCAGCGCUGAGGUAUGGGCCCUUGGGCCUUCGGCGUGCCGCUCGCCCUUGUCUCCGCUCUGGGACUGCUGCUCAAUGCCUACGUGCUCGUCGUCAUUGGACUUGGCAAGCAGACGCAGCAACAGCAGCAGGCAGCGGCCAACACCCUGCUACUGAUUCACUUGGGCGCAGUCGAAGCCGCGGUUUGCCUUGUCCUACUGGUCUUCGCGACGGGCUCGUGGCCGGCCGCCGGCACUUGGUGUGUCAUUCAUGGAUUUUUGCUGGCUCUGCUGCACCCUGUCGCUCUUUGGACCGUGACUGGCCUCAACUGCGAUAGGUAUUACGCAAUCGCAGCGCCAUUACACUACUCCGCAGUAGUGUCGCCCCGUCGAGUAGCCUUGGGUCUCGGAAUAUCGUGGGCGGGUGCGCUGCUACUGUGCCUACCACCGUUUUCCGGCCUCGUGCCACCUUAUCGCUACAUGCCAGGACUGGGCUGCUGCGCGCCAGACUUCGGCCAAGCCGGUUGGGGUUCGGCCGGUGCAUUGUACGGCGCCAUCUAUGCGCUGCUCGGCUUGGCGCUACCAGCACUGCUCGUCACUCUGUGCAAUCUGCGAGUGCUGGGCAUCGCCAGGUACCAUCGCCAUCGCAUCGCCAGUGCGAUCUACGAGGUGACGCUGAGCGCGCAAGUGACCAUCACCCAUCAGAGGAAUCCGUUUUUCGUCCCGGCGGUCACGGCUCCCUCGGCCGGCGGUCCGCCCAGAUUUCACAGCGCUGCUAGCACGGUGAUGCAGCUGGUAGGCUCGCUGUAUCUACUGUACUUCCCCUACUGCGGACUGAUACUGUGGGAGGUAUGCGGCAGCGGCAACGGCGGCGGUGGUGGCAGCGGUAACUCGAGUUUGUCCGGCGGCACGUCCAGCCUGUACGGGUCCAUCGCGCAGCAGCCGCAGCAACAGCAGGCGGCGGUGGCACGACUACACGCUGUUCAUCCGCGCUUCGCGUCCCUGGCCUCACUGCUGCUCGCUUGCUCGCCACCCAUCAACGGCCUUCUCUACGGACUCAAGUCGCGAAUGCUGCGGCGCUCGGUGCAGAACUACUGGCGCAAAAAAGCUACCAAGUCCGAGCUCCAGCAGGAGAUCCAAGCGCGCACGCCAAGCGCGGCGGGAUCGCGACGACCCUCGGUCACCGGAGCGCCGUCGUCGUUCUUUCCGUUCCCGCCGUUGCAGCGUCGUCUGAGCGAAGCUUUGAUCGCCUUGGGCAACUGCCGCGCGGCCGCUGGCUUCGGCAGCGGCAAUAUCGCCAACGUGUUCCAUCGUGCGAGGUUACAACCGGCUGCCUCCUGCAACACCCUUAGAGUGCCAAACGCCGAGCUCGGCGAGAGCAGACGGUUGGUGAGGUCGAGUGCCUCGGCGGCGAGUCUGAUGGGGCCGCACUAUCGUAACGAUUUCGCGGCAAGCGGUGGUGCCGAUGCACUGGCGACGGCGGUGGCGAACGGCACCACGUCGACCACCGCCCUCGAGACGCCAAAGAGAAGCCCGAGGAUACUCAUCACCAGGGCUUACAGCGAGGAGAGCCAAGACGGUGGCAGCCCACUGCUGAGAAAGCCUUUUGCUGCUCCCGUCUCUUUGCCACCGUGCGAGAAGCGCAGGUGGCGUCACCGAAGUACCGAGAGCGAUAGCAGCACUGGGAGCAGCGACGCAAGCGUCUGGACAACGGGAGUGCAAGCGGCAAAGCCACCGAGGGCUGGUGCUGCCAAUGGCAAGAAUCCAUCGCACAUGUGGCCGUGUGCUAGACGUUUCACGAGAGUGAAAACACUCGAGGAAGGCGCAGCUGUGUUUUCCGUCGUUCUGGCCAAUCGGAUGGCCAUCAACAACAACGGCGACAGCGCGGACCUUGCAACGGACGCUGCUGCGACGAGCCAGACUAUCAAGGCGCCCAUCAACGAGCAGCAGCCAGUAGCCGAGUUAGAAAUCAGUUGCGACGAGAAAGACGAGGUGGACGACGAAGAGCAGGAGGCGGACAGAAUCACGCCCGAGGACGAGCAUAGGGCUAGUGCGAGUUCCAGCAGUUGGAGUUGCGCCGAGGACACUACCGCCCACUCGGCCCUCAACUCGCGCGCUUCCAGUGAGUGUGGCCUUGUGAUGCAUCCCAUUGGGCAAACCACUGGAAGCAGCCGUCCAAAGCGCGAAGAAGCCGCGGAGGAAGAGAAGGAAGAAGGUAUUUGCCCAGCAGAAGGGGGAGCGAGAGGAAGAAGGCCGAGGCGGAAAUCGAGAAUCGAACGCGAAGCCGAGAUUACGGUGGUGGUGGUGGACCAGUUGCGACCUCUGCUUACCUCGUCGUCCUAGCCUUCGUUGAGGGUCAAGGAGCACAGGCCUGCACCCGUUUGGAUUUAGACAAAACCAGACCAACGGGUUCGUCGUUGUGCUAACGAGCGCGCAUCAUACUUUUGCGCGCUCUCUUUCUUGUUACUUCCUCUUCUUCUUCUUCUUCUUCUUCUUCUUCUUCUUCUCUUGACGCACGCACGUCAAUUUGUAAGUUACUCGCCAGCUCACGGUUUCCAUGUGAAGGAAGGAAACAGCAUGCCUCUUAUUUUCUCCAAAUUACUUUUGUUGACUUUUGAUAAUCUUCGGAAUAUCAUUGGUCUUUUUUUCAUUUGAACUGUCAAAGAUGCGCUGUUCGAUAUACGGAAAUAGCCGCGCUCGGUAACAAUGUGGCACACGCUGUGAAAGAGGCACUGGUAAUUUUGGUUGCGACGGGCAAAGUACGAAUUAUCAUGCAUCGUGCGUUGGGAAGCUCGACGAAAGCAAACAGCGGUGACCGGAAGCUCCCCGUCGAAAUACGAGUCUCAUCGAAAUCCAAAACCCAAUUAUUCUUGUUGCUGCACGGUCAUCCCACAUCAUACUCGCUCGCCAAGUAAUACGUGUACAAAACAGCAGCGAGAAUUAGAAAGGAAUUCUCGACUUUGUGACGUCACUCGACUGACUAAAAAAAAAUAAUAAAAAAGAAAAGGAAUCCCUGUGAUCUUGUUACCGUACAAUUCCUUUGUUUUAGAUAGAAGCCGAAGAAAAGCCUGUGUAUUUUGAAAACCGCUUGAAUUUUCGUUUUAGGAAAUGAAAAGAAAAAAAACGCUCUCGUUCUUUUUUGUAACAUAUGAUUGUCGUUAUUGCGUAUAAGCUUUUGUAUAUUUAUCGUGCUCAGCUGUGAAAAAAAGAAAGAAUCCUACACGUGAAAACGAAUAGUCAUAGUCUUACGAAUUACGAAAGUGGAUAUCUUGAGAGAAUGAGAGACGUAUACGGUCGGACCUCGCGAUAUGAUAUUUUUAUAAGGAAAAGAGCUGGCAGAUGAUAUGUGUCGGCUCAUCUCUCGUUUGAAAUGAAAGUUGAUGCGCGGAUUGAAAGUUUUAUUUUAAUAAAGUGUUGCGAAUGUACAAAUUGCGAUUAGAGGUAAUGGCGAAGAUGAUAAUAAUGGCAUUCAAGUUAACUAUAGUAGAGACCAGUGUCCACAUGUAUGCAGUGUACCAUGUAAGCAGUUAAAUUAAUUGUACUUGGUGUAUAUCAAACAAAACAUAGAAUCGCUGUUGCGUAGUUUUAACGUAGCGAAUACAACGGAACGUUCCUAGUAAACGUUUAUUUAUGUGUAUCCACACAUACACACAGUUAAGAGAGAAUAAAUACUGUGAAACACAUUCCUAUCUCACUAAGAUACAUUAUAUAUUAGAGCGGGCGUGGCGGCGGCGUUUUGUCGACAUAUCCUAAGUAAGUUAUAUUUUUAUAAACGUCCGUUUCGUUCGCGCCCACUAACUACACACGUAGGCAACGACAAUUUGCUGCUGCUGGACCUAUUUAAUAAGAGGACGUUAAUAAGCUGACGAUAUGCAUGCACGCACAUGAGUAUUCGUCCCAUUGCAUUUAUUUUCUAUCUCGCGCAAAAGUCAGACCCUCUCUCUCUCUCUCUCCCUCAUACGCAUACACGAACACACACACAUACCUCACGAAUAUACAAUAAGCUCAUCAAUUUCAAUGUGUUUGCGUAUAUCUUUGACAGUGAUAAAGACGAA